AUGAGGAGAUUUUUGGUUGAUUCAGAACCAGAACCACCUCCGCCUAAUGUGGUUAAUGAGUUUAACCCAAAUGAGAUUGUGCGUGAUUCAGGUCGUAGGAAACAAAUUAAUGAGUAUGCUCCGGAUAUUCAAGAUCAAGUGAGGAGGCCAUAUAUAUUGAAAGGUCCAAUGAAACCAGAAUUGCCAAGCUUUCCUCGUACUCCAUUUGGAAGUGUUAAAAGAGCAUUUAGUAAAUCAUGGUAUAAGAAUUAUACAUGGUUAGAAUACAGUGAGAUCAAGGAUGUAGCUUAUUGUUUUUAUUGCUUUCUCUUUAAGAAACCUGGGAGGGCCGAGCACUUUGGUUUUGAAGUCUUCACUAAAAGCGGAUAUAAAGAUUGGAAGCAUGCAUCUCAAGGCUUGAAAGAUCAUGUUGGUAGUCAUAAUAGUUUUCACAACUCAUGUGUCAAGCAGUACGAUGAUUACAAUAAUCAAAGACAAAGUGUGGCAAGUAAGUUUGUUAAAGUAACCAAGGAAUCAAAAGAAUUGUAUAAGAUUCGUUUAACUUGUUCUUUAGAUUGUUCAAGAUAUCUCAUUGCACAAGGCAUGUCUUUCCGUGGCCAUGAUGAAUCCUCUAUUUCUCUAAAUAAGGGAAAUUUUAGAGAGAUGGUAGAUUGGGUAAAAUUUAAGAAUGAACAAUUGCAAGACGCUUUUGACCAUGGUGGAAAAAAUUGCAUAAUGAUUUCCAGUGACAUUCAAAAGGAGCUUGCAAUGUGUUGCGCACAUGAAGUUACCAAGGUGAUUUUGGAAGAGCUUGGUGAUAGAUAA